UGUAAUUUAAUUAAUUUUUUUUUUUUUUACUUAUUCAACAGGAGCCCGGUGCUGAAGCUAUCACUUGACCAGAGUUGCUUCUACCUCCCCAUGUGUUUUGUUUUGUUCUUGUAUUCCUUUCAAGAAUAUAGUUUUCACUUGUAUUCAACCAUCCCAUUGCAUCAUGAAAGAAGAAAUUUCUGCUGCAGUAUGCUUCAUUUCUAAACUCAUCCGCCGGAAUUCCAAUGAAGAUGAGGAAAAAAUUGAAAAGUUUGAGCAAUGUCUGGAAGAACUGUUGAGGGAUAGGUUUAGCACUCACUGGCAUCCCAGUCAACCUUGGAGAGGACAAGGAUAUAGGUGUUUAAGACUAAAUGAAAAUACAAGAAGAGAGCCAAUGAUUGAGAGGGCUGCAAAAGAGUGUGGGUUAAAUUACGAUCGCCUUAAUCUACCAGUCGAAUUGACGAUAUGGGUUGAUCCAGAGGAAGUGUGCUGUAGAUUUGGAGAGCACAAGGGUUCUUGUUGUACCAUUGCAUCGUUCAAGGAUGGAAACAAAGAAAACAACAUCGAUAAGUUUGACUUUUCAGAAAUAGAACGCCCAAGUUCUACCCCAUCUGGCAUGGUCAAGUCAGCGGGAGUGUUACGAGAACGCACCUUCAAUAACUGUAAUAAUUCAAGUCCUCCAUCAAGCACUCAGUCUACCCCUACGAAGAGGAAAUCCUUCAGCCCUACUCACUCAGUGUACAACUACAAGAACCAGAACUCUGGAAGAGGUGGCACAGGUUCUCCUGGAAGAGGAAAUGGAGGCCUGAGAGAAAAAAGACAUUUUGAUAAUAAUUUCCAUUUCAAUGGUAACCCACACCACCUUCCACAGCCUCCUCAUCAUAGUUCUCAUGCCAAUGGGUCCUACUCUCCUCCCUUCUACAAAACUCAGUCUUGGCUUAACUUGAGUCAGACACCUCCCCCACCUCCUCCAACUGCGCAUCUUCCCAUGUUUAGUUCUGCUGGAUUCAUCUACCCUCCAACACCUGCUCCUCAUUACACUCACAGUCCAUCUCAUUACAACCGUUCUCCUCCUCACAUGGGAUCUGCCCAGAAGUUUAAAUGGAACAGUGGCAGUUACCUGCGUAACGAUCGCCAUCAGUGGUAUGGACAGAGGGUGUUGGCUAGGGUUUAAAAACUGAAUACGUACCGUGUACUGGGGCACUUUGGUAGAAGCAUAACCUGCAGAUACUAGCAUACUGAAGGAAAUGGUUCUGUAUUCCUGCUGAUUUUGUAUCUUACAUAUUGUGAUAGUUGUAGCAUAAUAUGACUUGGUAGCUACAACACUUGUUAAUUCUAAUGUACAGUAGCUUGAUCUCACUAGUCUUAAUAACAAUGAUGAACCAGUAUUACAGUAUGCUGUUAACAAAAGCAAACAGUGAUAACAUAUCACUCAGACGUGUUUCCUUCCUUUCAAAGUGCCCCUUUUCUCUUUAUCACCCAGCUAAUACAAAUGUGUGAUGGUUCUCUUCAUUGUAAUUCAUCAUACAGUUGUGUCAGUGAUGGGUAUGCAGCCACCUUUGUGUGUUGCUGGCAUAAUUUUCUCUUCAGUAUAAAAAUUUCCAAUCCAGCACCUUUUAGUUUUGAUGCAAAUGUUUCUUUUUUCAAGUUGGAGACUCAAUGCAGGGUUACUGAGUGGUAUGCAAUUUCGUACCCUCGGUCACAUUUAAAGGUGCCCCCUGGUAUUUUUGUUAGUUUGUUAUUGUUUACAAGGGACAACUAUAAUAUUGUUGUAGCUAAAGUUUAUUUAGCAAUUGAUACUUCUUCAUGGUCAGUUACUAAUGCUUUAUUUUCAGUUUUCCUUAUCUUUUAUCACAAUUCUGUGAAAGUUUACAUAGAACACUAUUUAAAUAUAUUAAAUAAUACUGGUAAGAAACUUUAGAAGAAUCAAAAUGUAGAGCAUGUGAAUACAAAGUAAAUAAUUUUAUGUGAAGUAGAUUAUUAGGUUAAUAGCCCUAUUUUUAAACACACGCACACACACAUGCAUAUACAAGUAAAUACUACACCAUGGCAGCAAACCCUUCUCUGUAUUUCAGCAUUAAUGUUUCCAUCUGCCCAGGUGGAAUUUGAAACUAUGGUCUUUUUAGGUUUUAUGUUGACUACUCCAAUUACAGCAUUGCCAUUGGUAAUGAGAACAGAGUGGCAUAAUGGCUUAACAUCACAUUUAAUGCAUACAAAGUACAAUGUACUUGAAAAGUAAUGGAGUAUGGUGGUAAAAUUGAUUGCUGUACCAGUUCUAAUUGAAUGCUGUACAUCCAAGCACAAUGUAGUACUGCAGUACCAUAUUUAUGUACUUUGGCUAGAUAUUUUUCAACAACACUUCAGCCCAGUAUUAAAUAUGUAUGCUGCCUAAGCCUUUGGUAUGGAAUAAAACUCAAGAACUUUGUGUUUAUUAGUUGCAAAUUUACUUAGUCUCUACAUUAAAGUAUUAGGGGAGUAUAAAUGACUUGAAUGUAGUAGAACUUCAAAGAUAUGUUCCUUCAUUAUCUUGUAAUGCAGUUUGGAAAGCAAUAACUUAUUCCCGUAAGUUAUCGAAUUUUAAUCCCACUUAGGGCAGCUUACAUUUUUGCUAGAUGUGCUCUAAAAAGGUGUUUGUUGCUGUGGUGUAGGAGAGUGAGCAUACACUAUAACAUUAUUCCAGUGUGUAAGGCCAUCAUAUGUUUUAUUACGCUGAAUUAAGGUUUGAUUACCUAAGUAAAUAAAUAUAUACAGUAUAUAUAUAUAUACAUAAAGACAAAGAGGGAUGUGUGAUUGUACUGUGUACAUUUUAUGCUUGUAUAGAUUUUAUGGUAGUCCUUUCUCCUUCCCAAAUUACUCAGAGUGGCUGCUCAUCUGUGAUUGUAUUAUUGACAGAAUUUGGUCCUUUUCAAUAAUGUAGAGUUCAAGAGAAUAUGGAAAAGUUUGUUAGUUUUGCUGUAGUCCUGUUCAGUAGGUACCUGCUACUCAUAGAAAAUCCCACUGUAUUAUCAAUAUUACAUCAUCACUGUCAGUAUAAUUUUAUGGUUAUUUCUACUUUGUUUCCCUUUUUUGUUGAGAAUGGACCAGUUAUUUCUUGGGUCAUGUGUAUUCCCUCUAAAAUUGUAUAUUUAGAACUUUUAUUAAAGAAACUCAUAUUUUCCCUGACACGUUCUCAGGAGCAUGUGCACAAAACAGUAGUUUUAGGAGUCUUGAACCUCGUCGAGUCUUUCAGAAUGUGAUUAUUAUCUAUGAAUGAUUUUAAACUGGGUAAUGCUGUUCUUAUACCACAGAACCUAUAGGUGUUAGAUCAGAAAUAAGAAUUUUUUUAUUAACAUAAGUAUUAUAAGAUAAAAAACAGUUGGUUUUUAGGUGAACAUCAAGUCUUUGAAGUCAUUUCAGACUGUAAUGUUCAAGGUUCUAUCUAUGUUAACUGGCUCUGGGUCAAAAAUAAUUGAGUAAUACUCCUUGGGGAACUAGAGUUUGGGUUUAAUUUCAUUGAACAGUACGUAACUGGAUUUGACUUUAAGGACACAAGUACAAUUAUUUUUUAUAGUUUGGAUAUAGUAUUACACAAAAGAAUUCGGUUACACCUGUUGGUUUCUCAGAAAAUGGAAUAAAGAUGUAUAAUACUGGAACACUCUUGAGGUUGGGAUUAUACUUUUAUUUGAGACUGUUAACAAGGUGAUCAUAUAGCUUGCAUUAAAAUUUUUGCUGUUAUUAGUUUAAGACUUAAAACAUAUCUUUAGUAUAAGUAGAAAAUAUAAAUGCAUGUACUUGUAUAUAAAUGUACGAUAUCCCGGUGCACUAAUACAUAUGCUAGUGUAUAUCUGAAAAUCCAGUGUAAUAAACUAUAAGCAUGGACAUCAUAAACAGCACACACUACACCUGAUAGCGGAGCUUCAUCCAUAGAAGCCAAAUAAUCACUAUAGUAUCAGUAUUCAAGACAUUACCAUAAACUUUCCCUCAGUCCUUGUCUGGUUAUAGGAUUUUUUUUUUUCUCUCCAUCUUAUACACUGCAGUACCCAGUUUCAUUACUACAAGGGGAUGUAUGUGGUUGACAUGAAGGAUGUGGUUUAACUUGUCAUUUGACAUGUAUAUUUAAUGAUAGCUUUUUAUUUUGACAAAAGUUAAGUUAAAUGCAGAAUUACUAGACACUAAUGUGUCAAUUGUACUGUUGAUUUUUUUUCCCUCUGGGUUAGAUUAAUAUUUUCACAUUUCAGAUUAACUCCCUCUGGGUUAGAUUAAUAUUGUCACAUUUCAGAUUAACCAGCCCGAGAAGAGCUUUUAUUACUUAUGGGUCUGGAUAAACUAAUCCUUUAUAAUAGUAACACACUUAAAAUUAACGUAUUGAUUGUUUAAUACCUCUUUGUAUGUUCUAUUUUAUUGUCAUGUCUACUUUAAUGUAUGGUUUGUAACUGUGUGGUGGUGUUAAUCUUGUAUAAGUAUGCCAAAUGUUGAUACUCAUUAUUCCACAAUGAUUUAUGUCUUGCCUCUAAUUAAGAAAUUAGAUUGUGAUUUUAGGUCAGACAUCACAAAUGACUGACAAUAUUUUUCAUAGUAGAGGUUCACAUUAUAAGUUAGGCAUAUUUUAUAAAAGCACAGGGGCCUUUCUCUGUUUCUUUUUUGAGACUGAAACUUGUAGACAGUAUAGUAUGUAGUAUAUAUUAGGAAAAAUGCAUCAUAAGACAUUAUAGCAAACAUUUGUUCUCAAUCAUUGUUAUAAGGAAUAUUAUAGGCUUUAGUUUUUAUUCCAACGAUUUUAAAAUACUUGGUACAGAGAUGAACUUUAUUCUGUGAAUGCUAAUAUAUUUAUGCAAAGGCUUUAAGUCACGUGCAUAAUCCAUUUGGUAAACCAAUAUAUUUUGUACACUAUUCUAUUAAGGACUGUUAUAUAAUUAUGUUCUUGUAAAUAUGUAUUUAUACAGUAAACACACACACUUGCUAAUUUCAAUUUCAUUCAACAUUAUGCUUUGUACUGCUGUAUAGUUUCCCACACUUGACAAUGCACACAGGGCGUAUAUUUAUAUAUAAAGCAUGUGCAUUUAUAUACAUGAAUUGGGGUUGAUACAUAAGCUCUAGAAGUUUGUUAUUUUUUUUUUUUUUUUACAACAAAAUGGUGAGUAUAUACUGUAAUUAUGUCUCUUCUGUUUGAUAUUCAGGAGGUUUUCUGUUGUGUACAGGUUUUACAUUUUUAUAAGGUAUUGUUUAUAAGUCAUUUUUGAGGCUACUAUAUUCUCUUUCAAACUUCAUCUGCACCAUGCCUUGAAUUCCAUGAAACUUCACUGCCUUUUCAGUAAGAGUGGGAGCUGGGUUUUAAGAUGUUUUUUAAUGAACAAAUUUAGGUAGUGGCAAUAUAUAUUCUUUUCUAUAUUUGGGAAAGACCUCGCUAGUAAACUGUUGAUUAGUAUAAUGAAAAUAGUGAUUUGUUUGUUUUCAAAGGCAAUUAGAAUUAGUAAUGUGUAAGGCACUUGGACAAUUUGUACACAUUCUUGGUCUGAAAAUUUUUUGUUGCAACUUGGUAAUAACAACUUUUAAUGGAAUUUUGACUUCUAUUAAAAGGAUUCUGUACCCUCCUUUCUCCACCACAUAUACCUCAUUCUGAUAACAUUUUUACUCUAUUUUAUUUUGACAUCACUUCCUCUUCAUAUUGAGUUGGCAUGAGACCACCUUUCUUCCCCUCCAGUAGAGUCAAAAUAAAUUCUCGAUGGACAAAAAAUUGUGUUCAGAAUAUUUGUACCUGUGUUUUUGCAAUUUUGCCAUCUGUAGACAAAGUAUGACACUAAAAAUGUUCUGAAAGAGGUACCUAUACUCUGUUUUUUUCCAUCUGUCCACCCACCUCUGGUGUUUGUGUAUGGUAACACUGCGUCUGGAGCUUUAGAUAGUUACGCUAUGUGUAUGUUUUAAGUAAAUAAAAGGAUAUCUGGGUGUGCAUUUGCAACUGAAAAGUGUUUUAAAAUAAUUUACUGUAUGCAAAUUGCAUCCUUAAUAUUUGAAAUAGGAUAUUAUUAUUAUUGUUGAAUGUAAGCUGAAAGUAACUAUCUAAAGCCCGAGACGCAGUGUUACCGUACGCAAACACCACAGGCGGGUGGACAGAUGGAAAAAAACCGAGUAUAGAGCAUAACUAGAAUUCAGUCCUUACCAUAAGACAGAAAAUGAAAUUAAUGCAUAGGUGGACACAUUUUUACUGUUUUGGAAAACAUUUUGUGUGAUAGCCCCUGUUGUUAGGUUAUUCAAUGGGUGUUUUGGCUUUAAUGUUGUGAAUGAUAAAAUCUAAAGAUGUGAAUAUUGGCUGGUGUAACUUUGCUCAGCAUAGUUGUAUAUUUAGAAGUUUUAUAUAUACUAUAUAUUUUUGGGCUCAAAAUACUAUGAGCAAAUGCUGUGAUAAUUUGACUUGGCCUUGCAUACAGUAUAGCUUAUCAUGUGGAUGUUUUAUUUAUAUCUGUUACUUUUGUCACAUCUUCACUGAGCCAAUCUGUUGGUGCUUUUUGGAUAUUGUCUACACAUUAGUGCAGAAACUGGUUGUUUACUGAGGUGAUAUUUAAGUCUGAUUUGUUUCAUUCAGGGUGUUGACUUACACUUUGUCAAGGUUGUGUUGAUUCUUUGGAAACCAGGGUAAAUUUUCUCUUAACUUACAGAAUUACUUCUAAUAACCUUUACUUCUUUAAUCUUGAAUGCCAGUGAAUAUAUAUAUUUAUAGGUGUGUGUGUGUGUGUGUGCGUGUAUAUAUUUUUCCCUUCAUGAAGGUAAAAUCUAAAAUAACUCAUUUUUAAUGGAAAAAAUCCUAUACAACAGAACUUCGUUUAAUAUAUAGAGGUAUUCGUUUCAUGCUCUAAGAGAAUUUAUGUAGCAUAAGUACAGUAUCAGGAAUUUUUAUACUAUAGGCUGUCAAAUAUAGAAUAUUUAGUUGAACUUUUUGGGUUAUUUUUGUGUCAAAAAGAAUUUAAGGAUGAAAAGGGUACAUUGCAAUUGCUUAUAUUUUGGGCAGUUUUGUUAGGUAUGUUUAGCAGAAGGUGAUCUUUGUCUUCUAGCAGAAGUCAUAUAUUGAGGGUUACCAUGAAUUGAAAAAUGGUACCAGUGAGUUCGUUGCUGUUACAUUAAUGGUUAUAUAACUUCUUAGAGUACGUAGUAGUAUGAUAUUUGGCUGAAAACAAUAUUAACAUCUUUCAGUGUUUGAUCAAGUAAUCCUUAUAUUUUUUCACAUCGCAUUCCAAACUUUGGUUACUAAUAUACUUGGAUGUUUAUUAGGAGAGGAGCACAUUGUUGUAUUAUAAGUAUUGUUGAGUAUUUAAUAGUUGUAGGUCAUUAUUUACAAGUAUUCGAAAUUCUGUGUGAUUUUAUUUCUUUACCAAGAGCAAAACAAACAAAGCGUAGGCAUGUAAACUCCUGUGGAUCGCCUUGACUGCGAUCACCAUCAGUGCAGUUUACUAACGUACUAAUGGUCAAGUUGAUGGUUAUAGCUUGUUUUUACUAAUGCAUACUAACAAUUAUAAUUUUUGGUUUUGCUUUUUAACUGAUGGUAGGUGAAAGGAGUUUCAUUUGGGGAGGCAUUUCAGGUUUGGGAAGGAGUGCCUUGUUUAUGGUCUCAGGUCAGUGUGCAAGAUUUUUUUUCCUUUGUAGGAAAAUGUUUUUCCUCUCGUCCUUAAAAAUGUUCAACUUAUUCAUUGACUUUGAAUUAGUUUUAUGUGGAAAAGCCUUUUUUUUUGAAGAUGUGGUUUCAUUGUUUUGUUGAAAAGAAGUAAAUCGGAAGUGCUAGAAUAAGUUUGAGAGAACUAAUUAAUUUUUAUCCAGAAUUUUAUUUUUAUGUUAGGGAUUGGUGCUUUGUUUUGCUCUUGGAAUUAUUAUGACUUUCAGGUAUAAAUAGUGAUAUUUCUUUCAAUUUUUCAAUGAAUGCCCUCUUAUUUUGAAGGAUGUGCAGACCAAUCCUAGUCAAGAUCCAGAUGAAAUGAUUUCAUUAUUACAAUUUAACCAUUUUGAGGCUUAGGAACAUUUCUCAGUAAUAGUUAUAUAUGUAAUGUCCACACCAUUACUGUACUAAUAAUUAAAUAAGUGUGGAAAUGUACCUGCAGGACACUUUGUGCUUUACAUUAGCAUUCUAUAUACUGUAAUUUAUUAUGAUGAUUUCUGUAAUAGGCCACCUACCAAAAUCUACAGCAUUACUGAGCAGUAUUUUGUGAGGUCUUGCAUGGUUUUCUCAAGUGGCAAGUAGUUCAGUUAACCAAAAUCAUCAGUAAUGAGAAAAUGAAAUAUUUAUGUUCUAACUGAAGGGAAUUGCUGUCGAGCUGUAUACAAAAAUGCCAAGCAAAGGUAAUUUGCAGAUGUUAUGUGAUGGUUAGUAAUGUCAUGAAUUUUUUUUUAAACCCUUCUUUUCUCCAUGUUACCCAGUUCUACAGUAAGUGUUGGGAAUUGGGCUUCAAAAUUGUUGGCACCUGGUAUUUUUUCCAGUUGCCUUCCUUUAAUUUUUUGCCAAAAGAUUUUCCUUACCUUUUGCCAUAAAGAAAUUGGGACUCACUUAGGAUGUCAUAAAAUGACAGCUUUCUUUUGAGUGUUUUGAAUUGAAGUAUAACAAGUAGGAAUUUUCAUUUGGUGGAGCCAGCAUCUGAAUAAUUUACCAAUUUUGGUAUAAAUUUCAGUAUGUGUAACGAUAAAAUAUAGUAGUCUGUAUUUGAAUGUUAAUAUACCAGCUUAAUUUUGAUUUGGAAAAAUAUAUAUAUAUAUUGUUUAUUAUUUGUCUAGUCUUAUUUUUUUUUAUAUUUUUUUUUAGCACUAAAGACAUUAUGUAGAUGUUCUGCUCCAAGAUUAAAUGCUGUAGGUUUGGCCUGGUUCUUCAUAUCAUAAUGGUAGUGAUUAUUAUAAAUAGUCAUGUAAUAAAGGACAUGUAUUUUAGGUAAAUAGCAACGUUUAUAUUUCUCAAAAAAUUUAACUGUACAGUUUUUAUUGCAUUGCA